AUGCCUCUCGCAAUCCCCGCCAUCCCUGAGAUCGCAAUCUCCCUCGCAUCCCCGGAGGAGCCGACCAGCGAGCCCUUCUCUCCUUUCUCGCCACACUUCGCCCCAAAGAGCCCGACCAUCUCCCUCCUUCAGGACGACGAUGCCUUCAGGGCUACUCUCCUCUCGCCCCCGCCCACCCUUUCGCCCAGAGCGCUCUCUCCCCUGCGCCCCGCAGACCAGCUCGCGAAGGGCAAGGGUUUGGAGAGAGAACGCUUCGAGGCCCUGUUGAAGGCAUCGCGGGAAAGGAACACUGCUGUCGGCGGUGGCAGGAAGGAGCUCGAUCUCCGCAAGGAGAUUGCUAUCAAAGCUCACAGGAGCAAGCAGGUUGAGCGUAGGGCUCUGUUCCUCUCCAAGGUGCAGGCCCCUCCCUCGCCUACCGCGGCUGUGACACCCAAGACGCCGCCCGAGUCGCCGGCCAUCUUCCACUACUCCUUGCCCUCUCCGGGCUUGGACUCGCCCAUCGCUGUGUUCGAGAACCUUUCUCCGAGCGAGUUGACCGGUCAGCAGUGGGUAGAGCAGGUGGACUUCCGCUUGCCUGGGAAGCCCAUCCGCAUCCGCUCGCCUGCUCUCAAGACGGCGCCCGCCAGCAAGCGCAAAGUUUUGCCUUCGCUGGACCAGAUCACUGCCCGUCUAAGCUCUCAUGCCCCGGAUGCGGGCAAGGAUGCUCCUCGCGCUUCUGCUCGACUUCCGUCCUUCCUGCAGUCGAGCCGGCGCUCGCCUCUCAAGGCCGCUCCGCCCGUCACUCAGGAGGUCGAGGUUCCCACCUCGAAGGCGAGGCCCGUGCUUCCCCACGACGUAGGUCGCCUUCACUUCCCGCCGCGGUCGCCCGCGCCGGAGUCGAAGCCGACGCCGUUCGUCAUCCGCUCGCCGAAGCCAUGCCUGCCCCCCGACUCGCCGACGCUCUGCCAGCCGCCCAAGCUGCAGAUCACCACGACCGUGGUGCCGCGCAUGAACACGACCUCCCCCACGGAGUUCAGCGAGUCGAAUUUGCUCGCGUUCAACGGCUCUGCGGACUCGCGCGAGGACACGGUGCGCGCUAUGCUCUCGCGGCUCCGGCGCCGCACGCUGCCCCCCAUCAAGGCGUCGUCGGACCUUGGCGUCCCGGCUUCGCCGCGGGAGGACGACGAGGAGCGGAAGCUCCGGAGACGCAGCGCUCCCCCGGAGCUCCAGGAGAGGGACAAGGCUCGCACCGGCUUCGAGCACCCCGUGCUCGCGUUGCCCGGCGCGUUCUGAGCUGUCGACGCCCGAACUACCUCCCGCGUACACUCCUACCCUCCCCUAGACUUGUCGUUGUUUCCUCCUUCCCUUCGGGCUCGGGAUUUUCUCUUAAUGCAGUGAACAAACAAAGUGGAUGCUGAUUGGACGAACGGACCAUGGAUUGAGUUACUCUGUGUUCGCACCUCGCAUAGCCUAAAUGUGUGGGGGCGCUUCUUGAUGGGGUUCGUUGUAUGUUGACGUUGGCAUAUUUAUUAUCUCGGUGCGGUGUAACAGGGGAAGUUGGUUGAUCCGCUUCUCUGCAUACCUCUGCGUACUGUGUUCUGUAGAUUGUGGAGGAGGCUGCGCCUUCUGCACUGAGUACCCAACGUCUUGUCCCCAACCCUGUCUUCUACAUCACACUACACUACACCUAGGUCAAUACAGAUGGUGGGCUGUGCCCUAUGAUUGAC